UUUGCAGUAGUCGUGUGUAUAUUGUAUACUAUACCUGUGGAGAACUAUAUUCCUGUGUAUAAUAGUGUAUACUUUAUUGAUGUGCAGUGUCUGUGACCGUUACAAUGAGGAUUCUAAUGUGUCUAUUAUUCGUAUCCCCCGUCUUCUCCAUCAACGUGGAUGUCCACAGCGAGUGGAAGACCGACCUGGGUUGGGAGGUGACUUGCGCCUGGCGGACGUUGGACAAUGACACCUUGCAGUCCGUGAGACUGUACAAUAAUGGACAACAGUUCAUGAUAUAUCGACCUGAGAAACACGGUCCAUCCCGCUCCGAAGUCUUUCGUGCGCCAGAUCGUGCUAUGAUCAUCAACUGUGAAACCACCAUGGAACGUGGUAGAGCGGGUCGCUGUGUCCUCAUAUUGGAGCCCUACCAGCCCCCUACAGAGGAGUUCACUUAUACCUGUGAGGUGUCCGGAGAGAGACCUAUGUUUAGAAUCGGGAAAAAAGAUUAUACUGUUAAGGUUUUGGUACCACCAACUCCUGCGCAACUAACGGCAACAGUACAGGCGCCCGCACAUGUUACUCUCAACUGCACUUCGGCAGGUCUACCUGCGCCGGGCAUACAGUGGACUGUAGGAAAAACAAAGGUUGAAGCAGACUUCACGGAGCGCAAAUGGAACGUCACAUCCAAGCUUUGGGACGUGUGGUCAUCCUUCUCUUACACUCGGACCGACAACUCGGCUGUCGUGUGCACGCCCGAGAAUUCGGUGGUCGGUGUUCCCGCCGAGUAUAAUAGCACUGGACGAGUAGUUGGUACACUUCUAUACAUAAUUUGCGGUGCCUUGUCUCUACUGCUGCGGUGAUCAAAAAACAACUUAACUGCUCAAAGGUAAAAGAUAAUAAAAGAUACUUAUACAGUUUGGUCGCAGAGCACAAGGAAUUAUUGUGAUAAUUUUUAUAAGUGCAGCGAUCGUACUGGAGCAAAUUCCACGAUUUCGAAUUUCAUUGACCAGGAUGUUAAUAUAAAAUAUUUUAUUGUUAAUAUUUUAUCCUAGACUGUUAUGUUACUUAAGUAUAACAAUGAAUACUGUUCGUUAAAAAUGUUUAAACCUCCCCAUCUUGCAAUGCAGUCACAUUACAAACAAUAAAACGACAAAAUAAUUCGUAA